AUGCACAAUCGCAAAACCUACUUCAUUCUCUCCACCACCGAUUAUGACACAAAGCACAUCCAACUCGGUCAAAUUAUCACCAACAUUCGCAUACCAUACCGCGCUUUAAGCCCGCCCCUUAACACUUCCGAAUCCCCUCUCCCAGAAAUCGAAUCUAGGUUCAAAGAGAACUACACUUUCGACCAUGCCAGAGCCGUCUCUGGAGCGCUGGGCGUUCAAGCCCAGUUCCUCGCCCAGCUGGGCAGUCCUCUUGGUGCAGACGCCGAGAUGAGCCGCGAGCACGUCAAUAGUGUGGAAUGGGGUUUUGAGCGCCUGGAUACCAAGUUCAUCGAGCCGACGCAUAAAUACGUCGAGGAUAGCGUUCGUUUGGUUCCGGAAGUGAAGAAUUGGCUGGAUAAGAGGAGGUUAUCUGGCGCGGCGUAUAUGGUUACAGGAGUAAAGAUUGCGAGGGGAGUCAGGUUCACUGGUAAGAAGGUACGAAAAGUUGGGCUAGGUGGUGCGGCGACUGUGGAUUUGAUGACUUUGACCGGCGCGCCGAUGUCGGGUGGACCGACGGGCAGCGUGGAGAAAAGCGAAGAGGCUAUUGAGACGUAUACCAAGUGCUCGGAUUUCGUGUGGGCAUAUCGCAUACAGAGAGUGUAUGUCAGCUGGUUUGGCGGAGUUGUGAAGACGAAAGAGAAGGUUGGUGGUGAUCUUGCUGGGGCAGGAAAUAACAGGGAUUAUGAGACGUAUAGCGAGGAAAGUGAGGACGAGACACAGGAGAUGAAUGAGGUAGAAUUGGAAAACGAUAUGGGAUCUGACAUGGUGCCGAGUGGGUUUUUGGAGGCGAAGGACAUCAGCGGAUUGAACGUGGGAGAGGACAACGAAGCUUUCCUUUGUCAAAAUAUGUAG